AUGACACAUAGACAGUCAUUGAUUGAAAUACAGCAACAACGAAGUUCAACACUCUUUGAAAUACCCGAAGAAUAUCAUGAAUAUCAUUUAGCACAACAACCACAAGAGCCACGGACACAGACACAGCUAACUCACAUACCGAUCAACUGCAUCCACCAAAUUCUAGUAUACAUUGAUUAUGAUAUAAAAACACUUGCCUCUUUAAUACUCGUCUCAAGAAUAUGGGCCGAAGCAGUAAUUCCAAUAAUUUGGGCGAACCCUUUUGACUAUCUCAGCAAGUCUGGUAUCAUUGACACGUAUAUUAGUUGUCUGGCAUUGAGAGAACGGAAAAAGUUGUGGCGAAAAGGAUUUCCGGUCGUGACAAAGAAAAGAAAACGACCGACUUUUGAUUAUUCGGCAUAUUUAAAAGAAUUGAGUCUUGGAACUUUAUUUGAAGCAGUUGAAAUUUGGCUUUGCGAACAACAUAAAGGCUGGGCUUCAAUCAAAGAUGCACCAAUUCUCUGGGAAGCAAUUUGCAAACUUUUACUUAGUCAACGAUCGAACCUUCAAUCAUUAUCACUCGACUGGGGAAGACAAUCCAUUUGGCAACAAUAUCCCAAACUGUUAGAAACUAGUUAUAAGAAUGCAUACUUGAAAUCAUUAAAUAAAAUCUCACUUCACUAUAUUCCCGAUUGGCAAAUGCUAUUGAAUCUACGUAAAUGUGCGCCACAAAUAGAAACACUCGAGAUUCUCGAUUAUGCAUUAUCUCCGUCUCCUAAACGAAACGAAGAGCGAAUUUUCGCGGAAUUAAUGCUGGAAUUGAAAGCACUAAAAAACUUCAAAUUAUUUGGGUAUGGUACAUUUCCACAAGUAAUGCUUUCUUCCCUAACAUUCGCAGGAUUAGCUAAUUGUAAACAAAUUGAAGAGAUUGUGGUAAGAAAUUGUCAUUAUGCCAAAGAGGAGGAUUUAGCUCCAUUAGCACAAGCCGAAUUUCCCAAACUACGAAAAAUCUAUAUUGACGAAUGUGAUCCUCCUUGGGACAAAAUCAUGGCUGCAAUGAUUGUUAAUAAUGUCUCUUCGCUAGAAACCCUUCAUUAUUGUUUGAUACGUCCAUUUUGGUGGCAACGCCCUUAUAGACCACCGUCUGAUUUGGCCGGUAUCUUGUUGGGUUGGCUACGAAAAUUUCCGAUUUCUCCGGAAAAGCUGGAUGAUACUGCACUUGCUUUGUAUAGUUGUGAGUCAAGAUUGGAAGAAUUAAGCCUAUUUUGA